UGGGCAGCUUAGGUAAUAACCUCACCCCUCUUGGUCCCCGUGAUCCCUCACAGUCCCAUUGGAGGAGCUAGAGCGACACAGGGGGCCUCUACUUAGGCGUUCUAUCAGUUGCGUUGGAGGUAUGGAGGUUUAUCAAAAAAAAUCAUGGACAGUUCUCACCUGCGACGUUGUAACAACCCACUAGAACUUACCGUGUCAGAGUCAACAAAGGAUCUCAAAUGAAGUUGUGAUCAUUUGUUACUGUCAAUUCGAUAUAACCAAGUUCUAGUAGCCGUUAUCGACUUGGAUGCGACACACAAGCUGUCAAUCGCAGCUCGUAGAAGCGACUUGGAGAGCAAUCACUUCUUCCCCUCGCCGCAUUCUCAUCCACACAAGCGAACUGACUCACAAUUCCCGCCGCUUCACUUCUCCAACCCUCGCACAAUUUCUACAACCUCGCCGCAUUCACUCACUUCGUCCUUCUACAACAAGGCAUACUCCCUCCGACGAUCCAAAUCAGUCUAUUUCUCGACCUUGUCUGAUAUCCCACAGCUUGAAUCAAUCCUAUCUGGGUCUCAAGACCUCCUCGCCUCUUCUCGGUCUCCGCUCUCAGCGCACAACCGCAACCAUGGCGACCACGAAACAGUGGACCGCCCAAGAGGUCAGAGAUACCUUCUUGAACUUUUUCCAAGAGAGAGGACAUGCCUUUGUCAAAUCCUCUCCCGUCGUCCCACUAUCCGAUCCCACCUUGCUCUUCACCAAUGCCGGAAUGAACCAGUUCAAACCCAUAUUUCUGGGUACAGUAGACCCCACAAGCAAAGAGGGUCAGUACAAGCGUGCUGUCAACUCUCAGAAAUGCAUACGUGCUGGUGGCAAGCAUAAUGACCUCGAUGAUGUCGGCAAGGACAGCUACCACCAUACCUUCUUUGAGAUGUUGGGCAACUGGUCAUUUGGUGAUUACUUCAAGAAAGAGGCUAUCAACUGGUCCUGGGAGUUGUUGACAAAGGUCUACGGACUUGACCCGGAUCGCCUGUACGUCACCUAUUUUGAGGGAUACCCAGAGGGUGGCUUGGAGCCGGAUCUUGAGGCCAAAGAACUGUGGAAGGCCGUUGGAGUCCCAGAUGACCACAUCCUCCCGGGUGAUAUGAAGGACAAUUUCUGGGAAAUGGGUGACCAAGGUCCUUGCGGUCCUUGUUCAGAAAUCCAUUACGAUCGAAUUGGAGGUCGAAACGCCGCCCAUCUUGUCAAUCAGGACGAUCCCAAUGUGCUUGAGAUUUGGAACAAUGUUUUCAUCCAGUUCAACAGAGAGCCCGACAAGAGCCUGCGUCCGUUGCCCAACAAGCACGUCGACACUGGCAUGGGUUUCGAGCGUUUGGUCAGCGUCUUGCAAGAUAAAUUGUCCAACUACGACACCGACGUCUUCACACCUAUCUUCGAGCGAAUUCAAGAAGUUACAGGAGCCAGACCAUAUUCUGGCAAAUUUGGUGACGAUGACAAAGAUGGUAUCGACACCGCCUAUAGAGUCAUUGCCGAUCACGUCAGAACCCUGACUUUCGCCAUCUCUGACGGUGGGUAUCCCAACAAUGAAGGAAGAGGGUACGUCGUCCGAAGAGUUCUCAGAAGAGGAGCACGAUAUGCCAGAAAGUAUUUCAAUGUGGACAUUGGUGACUUCUUCGCCAAGAUUGUUCCAAACCUCGUUCAACAGAUGGGAGGUAUGUUCAAGGAGAUCGUCUCCAAAGAGGAAGAGGUCAAAGAAAUCCUCAAGGAGGAAGAACUUUCCUUUGCAAAGACACUGGAUCGUGGCGAGAAGCAGUUUGAAGUCUAUGCCCAAAAGAGUCAAGGCCAAGGAAUCAACAGCAUCCACGGUGCUGACGUCUGGAGAUUGUACGACACAUUUGGGUUUCCUGUCGAUCUCACAAGACUUAUGGCCCAGGAACGUGGUUUGUCUAUUGAUGACAAUGAAUUCGAGACCGCAAGGCUCCAGGCCAGGGAGGCUAGCAAGGGCGAGAAGAAAGCUGCCAGCGAUCUUGUCAAGCUCGACGUACAUGAUCUCGGCGAACUCGAGAAGAUGCCCGGUGUCACCAAAACCGACGACUCUGCCAAGUAUGGUCGAUCCAACACCACCGCCAAAAUCCAAGCCAUCUACCAUGCAAAGAAAUUUGUUUCGGAUACUAAGUCUAUUCCCACAGGUGAUCAAUUGGGAGUCCUUCUCGACAAAACUUGCUUCUAUGCGGAACAAGGUGGUCAAGAGUACGACACUGGUCGCAUUGUGAUUGAUGGUCAGGCUGAGCUUGACGUUCAGAAUGUCCAGCUAUACGCAGGUUACGUCUUGCAUACGGGUUACUUGAAAUAUGGCCAGCUUUCUGUUGCCGACGAGGUCAUCACCGAAUAUGAUGAGUUUAGAAGGUCGCCAAUACGGAACAAUCAUACCGGAACCCACAUCCUCAAUUUUGCGCUCAGGGAAGUCCUCGGUGAUGGAGUUGAUCAGAGAGGAUCACUUGUUGCCCAGGAGAAGCUGCGAUUUGAUUUCAGCCACAAGAGCGGCGUCACAGAUGCCGAGCUACAGAAGAUCGAAGAUAUAUGCACCGAAUAUAUCCGACAGGCUUGCCCGGUGUAUGCUAAGGACGUACCAUUGGCAACUGCUCUCGAGAUCAGCGGAGUUCGGGCAGUCUUUGGAGAGACAUACCCAGAUCCCGUUAGAGUGGUCUCUGUCGGCGUUGAGGUGGAUGACAUUCUCAAGAAUGUCGGAGACGAACGAUGGAAGACUGUCAGCAUUGAGUUCUGUGGGGGCACUCACGUCCGUAGCACGGGCGAUAUCAAGGACCUCAUCAUUCUCGAAGAAAACGCAAUCGCCAAAGGUAUUCGACGAAUCAUUGCAGUGACUGGAGACGACGCACACGAGGUGCAGCGUGUGGCAGAAGAGUUUUCUGAACGAUUGGACCGACUAGAAAAACUGCCUUAUGGACCUGAGAAGGAGCAAGAAACCAAAGCGACACAGUCUGAUUUAGACGCCCUUUCGAUCUCUGCGGUCAAGAAGAAGCAAUUGCGGGAUCGUGCCGAGAAGAUCAGCAAAGGACUUCUGGAGCAUCAAAAGAAGAUGCAGAAGGAGCAACUCAAGAAGGCGGUCGAUGCUGUUACAAAGUACUUCGAAACCAAUCCUGAGGCUCAUUCUGCCGUUUUACGCCUGCCAGUCGGGGGCAGCGCUAAGAUUGUUCCUGAUGUGACCAAACAUGUCCAAAACAAACUGAAGGACAAGAGUGUGUACAUUGUGGUCUCGGACGAACAAGAUCCAGAGGGCAAGGUGUAUCACGGAUGUUUUGUCAGCGCGGUAAGUUCACAUCCAUGCAGCAGAUCCAUACCAUAUGUUGGGAUAUCAAGCUAAUGUUUUCUGUUCUAGGAUGCUACUAAAGCCGGCGUUUCGUCUGCUGAAUGGUCAUCCGUCGUGUCGAAACUCGUUGGCGGUAAGGCAGGUGGCCGAGCUCCCGUCGCUGUCGGUACUGGAACCGAUUCGUCCAAGGUUGAUGACGCACUCAAAGCAGCGACGGAGUAUCUUGAGAAGUUCAAGCUGUAGGAUGGUGGAUGACAGAGCUAAGGCAUAUGAUGGACGCAGCAUGACUCUUGACCACGAUUCAAGUUAAUGACAUGCUUCUUUCAACUCGAGAUGAUUGACAUGGUCGGAUGUGUGUGUGUAUAACAGAAUUUAGAAGCCAAUGGGCGCUUAUCAGCGCUCUGUUGUAGAGAUCAACACGACGCGGCACUCGGACUAUGACAUUGAAAUUGUCACGGCUGGCUUGGUGAUUGGCCUGGAGCUAAGGGAUGAGAAUAGCGAGACUCGACCCCCUCGUGAAUACAUCGACAAGAACAGAAAGACGUUGCGAGAUACUCAAACGGACAAAGCAUCCGCGCCGUACCCAAUAACCAAUCACAAUACAUUUCGAAUUUCGUCAUUAGGACUCUUGCCUCAAUGACGCCCGUGCUAUGAGGAGAUGGCAACAUGACGUCGAGAUCGAGGGGAGGGAGAAACACUAUAGCACUUCUAGUUUAUGUAACAGUAGCACCUACUGUAGAAAUACGAGAGGGCGUCUGGUUUGUGUACG